CUAACUGCCUAGCCAGAGGAGCGUCUGUCAACGCAGCACUCUACCCCGCCUCCCCCCGCGUCGUAGCGAGAUGGGACGUUCCGGAAGUUAAUCAGGCCGGUACCAACACGUGACCAGGGUGGAGAGCCGGUCCUGCACGUGCGUCUGUGACGCCAUCUCGGCGCGACUCUUCAUUUCCUUGGACUUUUCUGACUGCUCUGCCUUAGCUAUGCCGAAAGUCGUGUCCCGGUCGGUGGUUUGCUCCGACACCCGGGACCGCGAGGAAUAUGAUGACGGCGAGAAGCCCCUCCAUGUCUACUACUGUUUGUGCGGCCAGAUGGUCCUGGUGCUGGAUUGUCAGUUAGAGAAAUUGCCUAUGAGGCCUCGGGACCGGUCUCGCGUGAUUGAUGCUGCCAAACAUGCUCAUAAGUUUUGUAACACAGAAGAUGAGGAGACUACCUAUCUUCGGAGGCCUGAGGGCAUUGAACGUCAGUACAGAAAGAAGUGUGCAAAGUGUGGACUGCCGCUCUUCUACCAGUCCCAGCCCAAGAAUGCUCCUGUGACCUUCAUCGUGGAUGGAGCCGUAGUGAAAUUUGGCCAAGGCUUUGGGAAAACCAAUAUAUAUACUCAGAAGCAGGAGCCUCCUAAGAAGGUUAUGAUGACCAAACGGACUAAAGACAUGGGCAAGUUCAGCUCUGUUACUGUGUCUACCAUUGAUGAAGAAGAAGAAGAGAUAGAGGCUAGGGAAGUUGCUGACUCCUAUGCACAGAAUGCCAAAGUGAUUGAAAAACAGCUGGAGCGCAAAGGCAUGAGCAAGAGGCGACUGCAAGAGCUGGCUGAAUUGGAAGCCAAGAAAGCAAAAAUGAAGGGGACCCUGAUCGACAACCAGUUCAAAUAAUCUGGAUCUUUUUGUGUUCAGACUGGAGGCCAGCACUUAGAUCAAGACGAAAUAGCUUCUUGAUUUCAUGGUCUAGUUUCUGUGUCCCAGGAAAAGAUUGUCUGACCAUCCCAUUGAUUUUCCUACAUUGUUCUUCUUUUCUUUCAUUGAAGUCCUUGACUCCAUUUCACUUGCUUUCUGGAUGGCAGAUUGUUUUCAAAAUCUUUGUAUAGGCCGGGUGGUGGUGGCGCACGCCUUUAAUCCCAGCACUCGGGAGGCAGAGUCAGGCAGAUCUCUGUGAGUUCAAGGCCAGCCUGGUCUACAAAGUGAGUUCUAGGAAAGGCGCAAAGCUACACAGAGAAACCCUGUCUCGAAAAACCAAAAAAAAAAAAAAAAAAACUUUUGAGUUUUCUGUCUUCCUUGUUACAUACUGGAGGAUGGUCUUAAACUUGUGAUCCUCCUGUCUUAGCCUCUCCAGUGCUGUAAUUACAGGAACGCACCACCGUGCCUGGCUUCUGUACCAGUCCUCUUCAUUUGAAGUACCCUUCUUCUGUGAUAUAUUUAGGGCUAGCUAAGUCUCUAGUUUCUAAGGUAGGUGUUUUUUAUUUCUUCUUCAAAGCUAAUACAGUGUUUAAAGAUUUUUGAAAAAGUAUGGUAUAAGAGGAAAGUUGCAGGAAUUAAAUUUAAAAUUAAUUCCUUUUCAUUUUUAAAAGGUGGAUCUUUUAAGAGACUCUGUCUCUGAUCUUCGAACUGUUCUUAGAAUUGACUAUGCUUUGAAUCUUUCUCCUGUCAGUAGAAAUCAGUUAGAAACCUGAAUCUGCAGAAAUAUUUCUGUACUUAAAAUGUUAGAGUUAUAGGUGAGCCAUGCCAUAUCAAACUUCAGAAUUAAAAAGGAAAAGCCAUGUGGCUGGGGGUGUAGCUCAGUAAUGGAGUGCAUGCUAGGCAUGUGUGAGGACAUCCCCAGCACCAAAAAAAAAAAAAAAAGAAAAAAAAAGGAAAGCCAGAUUGCAGAUGCAGGGGUAGGAUAGCUCAGGUCUGAAUUAAAAUAUGGCCUUGCUAAGAAACCCAAAGGAGCUAGUCAGUCAUCUGGGAGAAUUACUGUGUGAGUACACAGGAGGGGGCAUAGCGAGAGUAGCUUAUCUAUUGGGUGUCUUGUUUUACAUUUGCUGUUUGCAGAGGACUGUUUGAAGUGUGUCACUACUUCAGUGAGGUCAGUAUCCACGUGGUUCUUCCCAUAGUCUUAUCUGUUUGCCUGUAAUACGAGGUGUGAGGAGACAUGGAGUGUGUUGCCCUCCUCCUGUAAUCCCUGACCAAUUGCACUUUUUAAGCACCCAGGGCUUGUUUGUGAGGUGCUGCCGGGAAGGAAUUUUCUUUGCCUUUUUUCUGAUUUCAUUACUUGCAGGGAAAAGUAGGUUAGAGUAGAGGUACAGUUGAGCUAGCAAAAGCUCGGCCAAAGAGGAUUGGGGAUUGUGGCAGUGCGCAGAGUGGUACUGCGUCACUGUCUUCCCAGUUACUCCGCAGCCAGUAAGUAGGGUCUUUCUGUGACUAAUUCUUCUUCACCUCAGUUCCUGUCCUAGUUGGGACACAGAAUUACUAUUGUAUGAAUGACCAACUGUGUCCACCAGACAAUGGCCUCUGCCUUUACUCCACUUUAUCCCCAAAUUCCUAUAUGCAAAGCUUGGAUAUACCUACACCACCUCAGAAAUUCAGGCUUCUAGUCUCAGGCCACAGCCUCUGAUUAUUGCUAGUCUCCUGUACUUCCUUCCUUGUAGACCUUUUGAGGUGUGUGUAUGGAUUUGAGGGGUGGUUAUUUUGUUAGUAAUGCAACAUAAUAGUAGUAAUAGCAACAUUAAUACUCCGUACUCUCCACUGAGUCCUUGGUGUGUGUCAGAUGCUAUGGAAAGCACUUUAGAGGUAUUAGCUCAUUCUACCAAUACCUCCUAUGAGAUAACUUAACUCUUGUCAUCACCUUUUUCAAAUGAGCUCCUGAAGCUCAGACUUCAAGUUCCCCAAGAGCCACCAGCCAGUAAUUGGUAAAGCCAAAAAUCUGACUUUAAAACUCAAACUCUUUACUAUGCUGAACUGCUUCUCCUGUGGAAUCCUUAUUUAUAUGUAUAUGUAUAGUUAGAUCAGAACAUAAUUCAUUUUGCAAAACCAAGUGAAGUGCAAUGUAAAAAUAUUCAGCUAGAGAACCCCCUAAAGCAAUUCUGUGGUUAUACUUCUACAUAUUUUCUGAAAUAUUUGCUCUUAGAUAAAUCCCAAGCAUUUCAACAUCUGGCUCAAGUUACACAUUUUGCUUUCUUAUAGAGGAAGAUAUAUGUUUUGCAAUAUGUCAUUAGUAUCAAGUGAGCUCUGCAUUUCAUUAUAUUUUAUUCUUUAUAUUGAAAAUUAUUAAAACAAUCUGAUGUACUUUCUCUUAUUAGUUUCUAGUGUUUUUAUAGCAACAGUGUUUUAAUGUUAAUAAAAAGAGCCAUAUUGAAAUUUUGUAGUCAUACUCUCUUCUUUUUGCAAAUGAUCAACUGUGGCUAAAAUAUGAAAAUGUUGUGAAAUGUUCUCACUCUAAUAGUUGGUGACAUUUGUAAGUGUAACUUGUCAUUAAGAGAAAUUGGAAACCUUUUUUAAAGACUAACCUGUCUUGUUGGGAGUACUGGCAUGUGUGUACAGUUCUAACACUUAGGAUCACUUUUGUUCAGGAGUUCAAGACCAAUAUGGGCACCAUAGCAAGUAAGACUCUCUCAAAAAAUAAAGUAUACAAUAAAAUAACACAAAUAAUAGAAUAGAAUAAACUAAACUAGCUUGCUUUGAUCAUCUUAAGAUUCAUAUUGCCAUGGACCAUAUGUCCUCAGUCUCCUCCAAUUUGUGUGUUUCUCAGGGGUAUCUACUGAUUUUCAUUUAAUUUUCCUAGUGAUAGAUGAUGUUGAACAUACUGCCUUUAAUACAGUUUUAAAACAGUUUGUUAUCUUAACCAUAUUUUUUGUUUUGAGAUGGAGUCUCAUGUAGCGGCUGGCUCUUAUUUUUAGUUUUAGAUUUUUGAAACAGGACCUCAUAUAACCCAAGCUGACAUCAAGUUCUCUGUGUACCCGAGGCUGACCUUGAAUUCCAGAUCCUUCUUUUGUCUCUACCUUCUGAGUGUUGGGAUUACAUGCUUAGUGGGUUUUAGUUUUGUGAUUUUUUUUUUAAGAUCUUUUAAAUUUUAUUUUCUGUGUAUGAGUGUUUUGCCUGCAUAUAUCUAUUAUAUCACAUGUGUGCCUGAUGCCUACAGAGGUCAGAAGAGGGCAUGAGAUCCCUUGAAACUGGAGUCAUGGGUGGGUGCUGGGAAUGGAAACCGGAUCCUCUACAAGAGUAAAAAGUGCUCUUAACACUAAGCAGUCUCUCCAGCUCCUAUCUUUAGAAACAGGAACACCUGAUGGCUGUGGGGUUUUUAUUCUUUUGCUACUAGCAAGAAUUGAAUCUAGUAUCUAAUGGCUGCUGGUCCAGUGCUCUACCACUGAGCUAUAUCCCCCAGCAGUGACCUUGAACUCUCCUUCGUGCACCUCCCAAGUGCUGGGACUACAGACUUGGGCACAUGUAGUGCCUUUCUUUCUUUCUUUA